UAAAAGUCGUCCAAUUAUCUCCAAAUGUCUAUGGUUCCACACGCUUUUGCAGUUGAUGUAAGCGUAGUUGACUUCAAAAACAAUAGUUUUACUCAGAAUCCAAAAAUCUUUGAUCAAAUCCGGCGGAACACCAAUAUGCUUCCUUCAACACCUUCUUCUUCUGCUGCUGCAGAUACGAACAAAGAAAGGACAUGCGAUGUUUUCCUUAGCUUCAGAGGCGAGGAUACUCGUUGCAGUUUCGUAAGUCAUCUGUAUAAGGAUUUGUGUCGAAAGAAUAUCGCAACUUUUAUAGACAGCGAGAAGCUUCAAAGAGGAGAUGAAAUUUCAGAGUCACUGUUGACGGCCAUUCAAGGAUCGAGGAUUUCAGUCAUUGUUUUCUCCAAAGGCUACGCUUCUUCAAGAUGGUGCUUGGACGAGGUGGUCAAGAUCAUGAACUGCAAGAAGUUGAAAGGGCAUUAUUUUGUGGUUCCUGUAUUUUACGGUGUAGAUCCCUCAGAUGUACGGAAACAAAGAGGGAGUUUUGCAGAUGCAUUUGCAAAGCAUGAAGAAAAUUUCAAGCAUGAUGUUGAAAAGGUGAAAUCCUGGAGAACUGCUUUGACUUCUGCUGCCGAUUUAUCUGGUUGGGAUUCUCAAGUCACUCGGCCUGACUCAACGCUGGUAGAUAAAAUCGUCAAAGAUAUAUUAAAGAAACUGGAUUGUAGAAGCUCAAGCGCUAAUUUAAAGGGUUUAGUUGGAAUUGAGCGGCGGACGCAACAACUUGUGUCAUUAUUUCAGGUUGGAGAUUUUCUAAAGCUAGGUAUUUGGGGUAUGCAAGGUAUAGGCAAAACUAAACUUGCUGAAGCAAUUUUUUACCAUGUUUUAAAUGGUUUCCAAAACCACUCCUUUCUGGCAAACGUGAGAGAACAUGAAGAAUCAAGAAAUUUAUCCCAAUUGCGUAAGAAAUUUCUUUCAGAUAUACUGGAAGACGAAAAUUUAGAUAUCUCAACACCCACAAUCAUACCAAGCUUUGUUAAGGACAUGCUUUCUAGAAAGAAGGUUUUAGUCGUUUAUGAUGAUGUGUCAGAGUUAAGCCAAUUCGAGUUUUUAUUCGGAGGAAUCGAUCGGUUCGGCCGUGGAAGUCUAGUCAUUGUUACAACUAGAAAUAAGCAAGUGCUUUUCCAGUGUGGCAUGAAUCUCAUUUAUGAAGCGAAGAAAUUAAAUAAAUAUGAAUCUAUUCAGCUCUUUUGCCAACAUGCCUUCAAAAGCAAUCAUCCUAUAAAAUAUCAGUUGGGGCUAUCACGGAUGGUUUUAAGUUUUGCUAAUGGAAACCCCUUGGCUAUUAAAGUUUUCGGGUCCUCUCUUUAUGGAAAGAACAAAAACUACCAGGAAAGUGCAGUAAAAGACCUAAAGCAGAUUCCUAGCCCAGACAUACUUAAAUUGUUGAGAAGCAGUUUUGAUGGACUAAAUCCUGUAGAGAAAGACAUAUUUCUUGAUAUUGCUUGUUUCUUUAAAGGGGAGGAUCGAGACUUUGUAACAAGGAUCAUGGAGGCCUGUUAUCCUUCUGCAUAUUCAAGAAUUGAAAACCUCAUUGAUAAGUCUCUUAUAUAUAUUUCACAAAAUAAAAUAGAAAUGCAUGAUAUAUGGCAACAUGUGGGUCGCAGUAUUGUUCACUAUGAAUCACCUUCAAAGCCUGAAACUCGCAGUAGGCUGUGGAUUCCUGAAGAGAUCUAUGAUGUGCUAACAAAAAACAAUGGAACGGAAACGAUCACAGGCAUUGUACUUGAUAUGUCCAAACUUGCAAAGUUGGAAUUGGAACCAGUAGCAUUUAUGAAGAUGCGGAAGCUUAGAAUCCUCAAAUUCUAUCAUUCGUGUGGAAGAACCUUACUUUUGAAAGGGCUUUUAUCACUUCCUGACGAUUUAAGGUACCUUUGCUGGGAGGGAUACCCUUUGAAAACUUUGCCCUCCACGUUUCAUCCAAGGUACCUAGUUGAACUUGAUAUGAGUUGCAGCCAUGUGGAGCAACUCUGGGAGGGAAAACAGGAUUUAGUAGAUUUGAAGGUGAUCAAUCUCAAGAAUUCUAAGAACCUUGUAAGAAUCCCAGAUCUCUCAAGCGCCACAAAUCUUGAAAAGAUAAACUUUUGCGGGUGUUUUAACUUGCGUGAGCUUCCUUCAUCCCUUCAACAUCUGGAGAAGCUAACUCUCUUGGAUUUCAGUUAUUGUAGAAGUAUUAGAUCUCUGCCUAGCUUUUAUAAAGCCACGUCCCUCACCAAACUUCAUCUUAGUGGCUGCUCAAAUCUGUUUAGUUUUCCAGAGGUUUCAUCGAAUGUAACAGAGCUAUGGUUAGGUGGAACUGCAAUUGAAGAAGUUCCUUCCUCCAUCGAAUGUCUCUCCAAUCUUCGUUUAUUGGACCUACGGGGUUGCAGGAGACUUAAAUCUCUCCCCACAGGUAUUCAUAAAUUGAAAUCUCUUGAGAAAUUCAAUCUUGGAGAUUGCUCAAGAUUGGAGACCUUCCCAGAAAUCUUGGACAUCAUGAAGAGGUUGAGAGAUCUUGAUUUAAGUGGAACAGUUUUGAAGGAAUUACCAUCUUCAAUUCACAAUCUUAUCGGUCUUAAGUAUUUGAGAUUGAACAACUGUGAAAACCUUGUUUGCCUUCCUGACAGCCUUUAUACAUUGAAAUCUCUUUUGCAUCUUAGUCUUUGUGGUAGUUCAAAUCUAGUCGUAGAAAACUUGUUUACUGCCAUUGGAGACAGACCAGUGAAGCAGAAACAUCUCCCUUGGUUAUCCUCGUUAAAGAAGUUAGAUUUAUCCGAAAGCAAUCUUGAGAACUUGCCCACAACCAUCAAGCAAUUUCCCUUGUUGGAAGAGUUAAUCUUGAGGAAAUGCAAGAGACUGAAAUCAUUACCAGAGCUUCCACCAAGCCUGGUAUAUUUAGAUGCACAUGACUGUACUUCAUUAGAGGAUGUCUCAAGCAUUAAGAAGCUUUUUGAGCAAGAACUGUUUUGUGAGGAUGGAUCGAAUCGAUUCUUGCAGUUGAAAUUUAGCAACUGCUUCAAACUGGGUGAGAAAUGUGUGGGGAAUGAUAUAGAUGCAUAUGACAGCACUUCAGUAGAGGAAGUCUCAAGCAUAAAGAAUCUUUUGAAGCAAGUAGUGUUUUGUAAAUCCUUGGGUUGGCUAUUUACCAACUGUUUCCAACUGGAUCAGAAAGCUGUGAGGAGUCCUGAAACCCCAAAGUUGGAGAUGCCAUUUGAGCAUAUGGUCACUGCACUAACAGAUCAUCAUCAGGCACCCCCUCGAAGAAAAAACAGAAUAAAAAAAGCAUCCCUUGGAAGAAUUAUUGUUACAUGCGUCCCUGGAAGUGAAAUCCCGGAAUGGUUUGAUUUCAAAAGCUUAGGAUCUUCCAUAAACAUCCAAUUGCCUUCAGAGUGGUGGUCAAAUAAUAGCUGGAUAAACUUUCCAUGUUUCGUUGCUUCCGUUGCUGUUUCUUUCCCAGACUCUUAUAAUGGUAUGGGGUUUCGCUUUACGUCUGAAUGUCAUCUAAAAUCCUGUAAUGGCGACAAUCAUGACCUUAGCUGUUCUUUCUCCUUUACGUUUGGAAGCCGAUUGUCAGAUCACGUGUUCCUCGUAUAUGAUGGUUUCAAUGUUAGGGAGUUUGUUAGAAGUAAGGCAUCAAACAAUCGUAUUUACAAUGUGGCUUCCUUUCAUUUCUACCUUGAUGAGUGGAAUUCGUCUAAAUGCAAGGUAAAGCAGUGCGGAAUUCAUCUAUUAUUUCCAAAUUAAGGAUUCAAUGAUGCUUCAUCCUCAUGAUCUAUACUAUAUUUCAGAGCCUAAAUAUGUUUACAAAAUAUUUAACAUCAUACAUUUUAUCAUUGGUUUUAUUUAUAAUUGUAAGUGGUU